UAGGAAGGAAAAAAAAAAAAAAAAUUGACUCUGAGCAGCCACGUGACUCAAAUCCCACGUACAAACACUAUUUUUUACUAUCCUGCCAAAAUUCCUGCUCCCGUAGUAUCAACACCCUCCAGAGCCAGCCCAACCAUGAAGAACGUUGGGGCCCGGUUCAGGAACCGCAAGAUCAAUAACAAGCAACUCCUGCGCGUUUAUCGUGCAGUCGAUAUCCCUGAUCUCGAUGAGUCUGUCAGUUUGCAACGGAGUAUUCCUCAGACAGAGACAGGUGUCGAUAAGGAAGAAGAAGCGGAACAUCACUUGCAAGCAGCUAUUUCUGCUUCCAAUCUGCUGACGACAACUGGUGAGGCUAAAUCACUGUACAUCCCUACACCCGAUGCUAGCCGCAAAAUUGAAAACUACCGUGAUUUCUACAAUCGCCCCUUCUCAGAGCCUUCAACCCUCAUCCGAUUUUCAUCCACAGUCGAGGAUUGUAUCGGAUGUCCGUAUAAUAUGGAUGAUGAGGAUGACAAAUGGCUCAAGGAAUUUAAUGAGAAGCGAGCCGCUGAUGAGGAAAAACUAGAUGAAGACCAUUUUGAGCUAAUCAUGUGGCAAUUCGAAAAAAUCACUAAUGAGCGCGUUCCUUAUCUGCAGCUGGAUAGUGGCCAGAUCCCGUCAUUUGAAGAUCUCAAGGCAACAUUUACGGGUCCACAGCUCUUGGGUCUCAAGAACAUUGCCGCGUCUGUGUAUCCAUGGUGGCAGGAAAGGAGAUCCAAGAGAGGUGGUAAAGUCAUUACCCCUCAACUGAAGUUUGAGGAGGUUGUUAGGAACGAAGCAGACCCAUACCUGUGUUUCCGUCGCCGCGAAAGCAAGCCCGUUCGCAAAACCAGACGUACUGACCAGCAAUCGAUCGAGAAACUGCGAAAGCUGCGUAUGGAGAUGGAGAGUGCACGCAGUCUGCUUGAGAUGGUCUCAAAGCGCGAGAAGGUUCGGAAAGAAUCGCUUGUACUCGAACACACAAUCUUCGAUCAGCGCUGCAAGGUGCGCGAAUAUAAGAGAAGUCUUGGUAUCAGGGAAGAUGACGAAGACAUUCAGAAGAAAAAGAACAGAAGAGAGGCCAGCGCUACUAUUCGUAUCCCUCAUAACCUCCUCGCAGACCGUGAAUCGACCUCAUCUCAAGAGGAUGGUAGAAAGGACCGCUCUUCGCACUCCAAUAUUGAAUCUGAGUUGGCUAAACGCCGAGAGGACGAUGUUGGCUGGGAGGAUCUUACUGACAAUCCGUAUCAACAAUUCACAGUACCAUACCCGCAGCAAUUCUUCAAGAUAUUGCCUCAGCAACGCAAUGGCAAAUACAUGUCGUUCAGAAAGCGUGUCGGCCGUGGUGGUCGUAUUCACAUUGACCGCCAGUUUACGAGACCUAGAAACAUGUUCAAGGACUCACAUGGUUACUACGACAAUCUCAAAGAUCUGUUCUUACAGUACGAUGGUAUCAACGCCUUUGACAAGUAUCGCUUUGAUGAUGACUCGUAUGAUCAAGACGAUCUUAUUGACGAUUUGCGUGAUAGUAUGAUUCGCUACCGAUGCACACUUUUAUCGGAGACGGAUCUUCGAAGUCUUUCGACUUCUACGAGACAUCACUUUAUUUCGAUCGGCCAUCCUGGUCACACACAGUAGAGAACUCUUAGCUUUCUGUGUAUGCACUAUAGGCAAUUUGGCCUCUUGGUUUCUUCCUCAACCUUUCCGUUUACUCUUCGACAUGCACAUACCACACACAUACAACACGUC